AUGCCUUCUGUGGAUCUGAGGCAGUUGUUGAAACAGGAGCGCCAGGUGAAAUUAUCGCUAGAAAAUGUACAGGAGUUUGUAGACAACUAUCAAGAGGAACGUGAUAAGGGCAUGGAGGAGCUACGAUUGAAACAGUUAGAUGAAAUUUAUAAUAAAUUUUGUGAUGUCAGAGUGAAAAUUGAAUUGCUGUUAGACGAACGAGGUGCAGGAGCGAAACAAGAUAGUGAUGAUGAGACCGCCGGGAAAGCUACAAUCAUGUCGAAAACUGUGCAAGAUGAAAACGCGAGAUCUUUUAAAGAUUUUGAAAAUUCGUGUUUCAGACUCAAAAAUGUUUUACUUGGUAAGUGCACACAGCGCGCUGGAAUAAUUGCUGAUCGUCAGCCGAUUGUUGCUGGUUCAGUUCAACCCUCCCGUACGAAAUACCCGGAGCUGAAGCUUCCUACUUUUUCCGGGAAAUUGCAGGAAUGGAUCAAUUUUCGUGAUAAUUUCAAGUCAUUAAUUCAUGAUAACGGAGACCUGUCUACAAUUGAUAAAUUCAAUUAUUUGCGCGCAUCUCUGAAGGAUGAAGCUUUACUUCAAAUUAAUCAGGUUCAAGUUACUGCUGCAACAUAUAAUAUUGCUUGGACUAUCCUUGGAGCAAAGUACGAAAACCAUAAAUUAAUUGCGCAGGAGCAUCUCAAGGCGUUGUUCAUGGUCCCUGCAAUGAAAUCAGAAUCUUUCGAAGCGUUGAACGCUAUUCUAAUGACCUUCAAGAUAAAUCUUCAGCAAUUAGAAAAAUUGGGUGAGAGAACAGAUAACUGGAGCACGAUCCUCGCGUUUAUGAUGUCGCAGAAGUUGGACAACGAUACUCUACGUCAUUGGGAGACCCACCAUAGUUCAAAGGAUAUUCCGAAGUACUCAGCUUUAGUGGAAUUUCUGGAAAACCAUUGUUCGAUCCUACUUUCAACAUCUUCACGCAGAGGAAUAGAGUACAAACGUCCAUUUAAGGCUCCCGCUGUUCACACGGCUAUUACAGCGACCAGCAACUGCUCAAUUUGCAACGGCGGAUCUCAUUCGUUGGAACAGUGUCGACGGUUCAACAAAAUGAGGGUGAUUGACAGGAAAAUGGCCAUCCGAAGACUUGGGUUAUGCUUAAAUUGUCUACUUUCCGAACAUUUCGUUGCGGAAUGCACCAGAAACCCAUGCGGCAAGUGCGGUCAGCGCCAUCACCAUUUGUUGCAUCCCUUCGUGCCCAGCCAACUUGGUGGAGCACCAAACACCAACCAAAACCAAACACAGAACAACCCGAGAAGACCUCAAGCCGCGAAUUCACAACACCAGUCGCAAUUACAAUCGCACACAAAUGCUCAAUCCCGGACGAACAAUUCUCAAGUAAACCCACAACAAACACCAGUUCAGAACACAGUCUCGCAACCAACACGACAGCCACCUCCCACUCCUACUUCCGCCACGUCACUCCACACUGCUACACUACACAACACUGUACAUCAUCGAAACACUACACUUCUGUCAACCGCAAUCAUCAAACUAGGCGACCGAUCAGGAAACACGAUCAUCGCUAGAGCGCUAUUAGAUAACGGUUCACAGAUUUGCAUGAUCACUGAAAAUCUGUCCCAGAAGCUCAAUUUCAAACGACUUCGUGAAAAUUUGCCUGUGAAAGGGGUUGGAAGUUCAUUGACCAUUUCCAAGCAGUCUAUCCUUGCGAAGGUUUUGUCGCGAUGUUCAUCCUACGAGACAGCUGAGUUGAAGUUUUUCGUAGUACCGCAGAUCACACUGAAUUUGCCACAACGAAGUUUCGAUAUAAGUUCCUGGAAGGUGCCUGCCGAAAUCCAGCUUGCUGAUCCAAAAUUAUUCGUAUCCAAUACCGUAGAUGUGAUUUUGGGAGUGGCAAUCUUUUAUGAUCUACUGUUGAACGAGCAGUUGAAACUUCUCGAUGAAGGUCCUAUUCUACACAACACCGAGCUAGGUUGGAUUGUGGCUGGAGAAAUAUCCGAUGAUCCAACUACUACGUUCAGCGCUACAGUUGCCACAUCGAUAACCACCGAAGAGGUCUACGAACAACUGUCUAGAUUCUGGGAACUGGAGUCAUGUCGAACGAAGAGCUGUCUGUCCAUCGAAGAGUCAGCAUGUGAAUCUUUUUUUGAGCAGACGACAUCACGAGAUAAGGACGGAAGAUUUAGAGUAGCGCUUCCAAAGAAGGAGUUCAUGAUGGAACGGCUUGGGAAUUCCAAAUCGAUUGCCACUAAACGCUUUUUGGCCCUUGAGAGACGAUUGAAUGCUAAUCUGGAAAUGAAGGCUCUUUACACGGAAUUCAUCCACGAAUACUUGUUGAUGGGCCAUAUGAGGGAGAUCAACGAUAACGACAGGGACCCAGUCCAUGCAUAUUACUUGCCGCAUCAUGCAGUGAUGAAGCCCGAUAGCACCACGACAAGGCUCAGAGUGGUGUUCGACGCUUCGUGUGCGACAGAUACGGGAGUUUCGUUGAACGAUGCGCUCAUGGUUGGACCAGUGGUCCAAGAGGAUCUGCUGUCCAUUUUGGUUCGAUUCCGGCUUCACAAGUUCGCAAUUAUAGGCGAUGUGGAGAAAAUGUACCGCAUGGUUAAUGUUCAUCUGCAAGAUCAGCCUCUUCAAAGAAUUCUGUGGAGGGAAUGUAUUGACGAGUCUAUUCGUACAUAUCAACUAUCCACUGUAACGUACGGAACGUGUUCAGCGCCCUAUUUAGCGACUCGGUGUCUUAACAAGUGCGCCGAAGAAGGAGAAGAGAAGCAUCCACUGGCCGCCAGUACUAUAAAGAAGAACUUUUACGUGGACGACAUGUUAGCAGGUGCUGAUUCGGUUAAAGAGGGUGUUAAGCUUUGCAACGAAGUUUUAUCACUUCUUGGUUCGGCAGGAUUCAAUCUUAGAAAAUUACACUCAAACGAGCCAGAGAUUUUGAGAGGCAUUCCAUCAUAUCUGCGGGACAAGCGUGAGGUCCUUGAUAUUGAUUCGACUUCCACUGUAAAAACGCUGGGUCUCAUCUGGGAGCCAUCAACGGAUAACUUCUGGUUCAAGCUGCCGCGGUGGAAUCCUGCUACCCCUAUUACACACCGUAUUGUUUUAUCAGAUGCAGCUCGUUUGUUUGAUCCCUAUGGAUUAGCAGGGCCAGUAAUUGUUCGAGCGAAAAUGUUUCUCCAAGAACUUUGGAAAGGAAAGUAUUCUUGGGAUGAACCAUUGAGCCAACAAUUGCAGCUAGAAUGGUUGGAGUUUAGGAGCAGCAUGGAGAGACUAAGCGCAAUUUCCGUACCCCGCUGGAUUGCAUUUAAUGACAAUGUAGUCGCAUGCGAACUCCACGGAUUUUGCGACGCCUCGGAAAAGGCAUACGGUGCUGUUAUAUACUUACGCUGUGUUGCGCAGAAUGGCCAAGUGACCGUUCGACUAGUGAUGGCAAAAUCCAAGAUAGCACCAUUGGAAGAUCAGGGCAGACGAAAGAAAAGGCAAUCAAUACCCAGAUUAGAAUUGUCAUCAGCAUUGUUGCUAGCGCAUUUAUACGAAACAGUAUCAAGCAGCAUCCAGAUUUCUGAAAAGGUCUACUUCUGGACUGAUUCGACCAUCGUUAAAUAUUGGCUAUCGUCACAUCCAUCCAGAUGGCAAGCAUUUGUGGCCAACCGCGUAUCGGAGAUACAACAUAUAACUCGAGGAGGUACCUGA